AGUACAUUUAGAGACUGAUCUUGUGCAGAAAAUAGCCCCGCCGUUUGAAGAGCUCCAGGGGCUCAGUGAGCAUGCUCCGACCCCCUCCCGCUGGGAAGAGGAAGCUCGAUUGCAUACGAGUCAUACCAAGCAUAGCCAGCAUGUCAGCGCAGUUAACUUGCAGCGGGCUGUGAGGAAAGCGAGCGUGGCUUUGUCCUAGGAAAUGUGCUUCGUGUUUUUCUUUUUUACUCCUUUUUUAUUUUCGAAAAAAGACCUGUAAAGACUUCUGAAACAAUUUUUAAAUGCUCAAUUGAGGAUACAAAACGUAUACCGUCUACAAAUAAACCCUUGAAGGGUUUUGUGCGAGUUCGAUUUUUUUUUUGUGCGUGUGUUCUUUUUUUUACUUUUACAUACUUUGUUUUGAUCAUCUGAGGCCGGGCCUCCGUCUUUGUGAAGUUUAAGCGAAGAGCCAGGAGCUACUCAGCAAUAAUUGAUUUUUGAAACGUACUCUUUUGGGGCGAAAGCAAAGAGCUGGUUUUCUGUGCUAGCCCAAUAAAUGCUAUUUAUGAAGAUGGACCUGUUGAACUACCAGUACUUGGACAAGAUGAACAACAAUAUCGGCAUUCUGUGCUAUGAAGGUGAAGCUGCUCUCAGGGGCGAGCCCAGGAUGCAGACCCUCCCUGUGGCGUCUGCCCUCACCAGUCACCGCACAGGCCCCCCGCCCAUCAGUCCCAGCAAGAGGAAGUUCAGCGUGGAGCAAGGGGACGAUGACCUGGACUGUGAAAACGACCAUGCUUCCAAGAUGAGUCGCAUCUUCAACCCUCAUCUGAACAAGACUGCCAAUGGAGACUGCCGAAAAGACCCCCGGGAGCGGAGCCGCAGCCCCAUCGAGCGUGCCGUGGCCCCCACCAUGAGCCUGCAUGGCAACCACCUGUACACGUCCCUCCCCAGCCUCAGCAUGGAGCAGCCCCUUGCACUGACCAAGAACAGCAUGGACGCCAGCCGGCCAGCCGGCAUCUCGCCCACACUGACCCCGGUGGAGCGGCAGCAGAACCGGCCCUCCGUGAUCACCUGCGCCUCCGCCAGCGCUCGGAACUGCAACCUUUCCCACUGCCCCAUCGCGCACAGCGGCUGCAUGGCGGCCGGGCCAGCCAGCUACCGGAGGGCUCCGAGCUCCACCACCACCUGUGACCCCGUGGUGGAGGAGCACUUCCGCAGGAGCCUGGGCAAGAACUACAAGGAGCCUGAGCCUGCGCCCAACUCGGUGUCCAUCACAGGCUCCGUGGACGACCACUUUGCCAAAGCCCUGGGUGACACGUGGCUUCAGAUCAAGGCAGCCAAGGAUGGUGCGUCCAGCAGCCCUGAGUCCGCCUCACGCAGGGGCCAGCCGGCAAGCCCCUCUGCCCACAUGGUCAGCCACAGCCACUCCCCUUCUGUGGUUUCGUGAAGGGAGCACCGCCCUCGAACAAGAUGUCGAUCUGCAUGGUUUGCCUGAGCUUUGAACAGUCAGUGCUUAAAAAACGGAAAAAAACAAAAAAAAUCAUGGGGGUGGGGUGGGGGGAUGGGAAGGGAUGGUUUAUUCGCAAAAACCAUGUCGUUGGGGUUUCUGUUCUGUUUUUGUACUUGCUUGGUAUUCGUACACGGGGGCCCUCAAACAUGACAGUGGGAACUGCGUGGGGAACAUCGGUCCCAUGUAGCAUCCUAACUUCCUGCCUCGGUUACCAAAGAAAACCUCUGAUGCAGGUCUGCUGCCCGGACAGGGGCCAGGACUCCACGGCACGCUUUCUCAGUCACAAGCCAUGACAUUGGUGACCCAAACGCUUUGUGCUUUUUAAUUUGCUUCUCGAGACCAGGGUGUGCGUGGCUCAGCUUCCAUUGCGUGUUCGGUGCAGCCCGUGCGUGUGCGCGCUGGUGUGUGUGUGUGUGUGUGUGUGUGUCUACUUGAAGAGAGCAGAGAACUGUCGUGUCUGAUUUGCACUAUGGAGGAGGACUGAAGUUGCCGGCCUGACAACUUGACGUGAGAGGCUAGCACUCUGAGGGCAAACUGCUGAAAACAAAGGGUUUAAGGAUGACAUUUCUGACCAUUUGUGUGUUGUGUUGUUGUUGUUGUUUUUAAUUUAGACAAAACAGCUUUGGAAGGGGAAGUCUCAUACAGGUUAUAGGUCUUUCUCUCUAGAUUUCAGGUGCUUGCAACUGGACUGCAGACUCCACCAACCACGGGCAUUUUACCUUCUCUAAACACUGCAGUUUGUUAGACUAGAGCUGAGGCGAGGAUCCCAUAGUGCUUUCAACGUGACGCAUGUUUUAAUGGAGAAAAAUAGCUGGUUUCUAUUAAUUGUAUAGACAGUAAACGAAACCCUUAAUACUUACUAGCUUCUUGUCAGAAUUAGUUUAUUUUUGUCAGUUACAGUCCUAGAUAUACUCACUGCUGGUACAGUUGUGCUCUAAGAUGUGUAUUUGAUAUUCACCUGACUCCCGCGCACCGGGGCCGCCAGCCGCGGGCGGGCCCUGGGACGGGCAGUUGAGUGGUCGGUCAGCCGCGUGUAGGAUGCUGGAGUUUUCGCUGCAGGCUGACAUCAUUUAUUGUCUGCAUCCCUGUCUGCUUAUUACUAGCUCCCAGGGGAGUUGGGAUUUGUGUCUUCCAACUUCCCUCGAUGCAGAAACUGCUCCCUUUAAACUCUCUUGGCUGAACAGCAGAUUACUGACAAUCUGUGAUACGGUAUUUUGUAUGCUUCCUCGUACGCUGGGGCCAAGGCAGUAUACAUUCCUCUGACUUUAUACAGUUAUUACUGCAUUUAUUAUCGUUUGCUAUAGUAAUAGCUACUAACUAGAGAUUAGGUGAAGAAGCAAGCAUGACAGACACAGCUGUGGAUGUUCAACAGCUGCUCCUCGUGGUAAACGCACGUUUCUAGCCCUGCCCCUCACUGCGCUCCAUUCCAGCCUCGCCCACCGGAAGGCUUAAGAGGUCACCUGGCCAGGUGACGCAGGUGUGACCACCUCACCUGCAAGGCAUUGUGGACUCAAGGGAACCCUCGAGGCUGGUUUUCAGUAGGAGAAAAGUACAGGUUAGCUGGUUCAUUUUGAAAAUUGGCACCGGGUGAAAAGGUCAAAGGAUUGGCUCUUUUUGUGGCCACCGGGUGGCCGCGGGUCUUUCAAAAGGCGAAAGAAAAGCCCUUCUCCUCUUGCCCUGCACACAUUUCACUCCCACUUAACUGGGCUUCCAGGCGUCCGCAUUCAGGCCCCUAUAUUUUCUGUAGAAGAAAUCGUUGAGAACACUUUUUUUAUAUAGGUAACUUUAAGACCAUCAUUACGCUGUGCGUAAAGAAUGUACAGAGAAAUUUGUAGGUAUUUUUUGAACAAUUAAUUUGUUAAUGAUAUGUAGCUAUUUAAUUUUUCCCUUUCCUAUUGUAAUCAUUCAUAUUUUUUUUUGUUUGGAAAAAAAAAGUUGAUCUUUUUUUGUCGUAGAUUUGUCUGUGAAAGUGCAGGAACACAGUUAUUCUAUGAGGACACUGCAUCUGCCUUAAUAGCCACUAGUUUGUUAUUGCUACAGGCUACUGAGCGUCGCCACAGGAAACACCCCCACUGCUGGUGGGCUCUGUGAAGAACGGGCUCCCGGGACGCCUCCGUCAGCCAACGACGUCAGCGCUUCGGGAGGCGGUGGCGCUGCCGGCCGGGCCCCUGGUGCGCCGACCUAUCUGGGAUAGGCCGUACCCUGGAGGGGGCCUCGGGCAGACGGGGAAGCGGCAAACCUGACGUUUCCCUGGGCGCGACCGCCCCGGCCUCGGGAGGAGCAGUGAGGUUGUUCACAGAGCCGCACCGUCGGCAGGGCGUUCUGACCGUUCUCUCCAUGUUUGUAAAUCUGUAAUAUACCAUUCUCUGUGGCCUGUUUUUCCUGGAAGAAGAAGAAAAAAAAAGGUUUGGCAGGCCAUCUUUUUUUUGUACUUAAAAGUAGCCUUAAGAACAAUAAUAAAGUGCUCUUAAACCACA